AUGCUGCAGGAGGCUGAGGUUGCUAAAUCUUCUGCUGCACCCCCGGAUGGAGCUCAGCAGAAGGCUCUGGCCAAAGACCUGGAGGAGUGGAAUACUCCAGACGGGAUCCUCCUCUUGCAGUAUGUAGACGACUUGUUAAUUGCGGCUGUGGGAUUAACCCCUUGCCUCCAAGCUACUGUGAGCCUCCUCAACUUUGUUGGGCUCCGAGGAUACCGGGUAGCUCGGAGCAAGGCUCAGAUUGCCCUCUCAGAAUUUGCCAAUGAGACCAUGGCCAUAGAGAAAAGCCUUAACUCCGAGCUUUAUCAGCUCCGGCUGCUGGCCCUGCAAAACAGACAGGCCCUAGAUUAUGUUUUGGCUUCUCAGGGCGGGACUCUGGAUCCAGAUACGGCUCAUCCCAACCUCGUCGUGUCUGAGGAUCGGAAACGUGUGAGACAUGGAGACAAACGACAGGAUCUGCCUGACAACCCUGAGAGAUUUGAUCGUUGUUUCUGUGUCCUGGGCACUGAGGGGUUCAUGGGUGGGAGGCGUUACUGGGAGGUGGAGGUGCGAGACAAGAUUGAGUGGCACCUGGGGGUUUGUAGGGAAUCUGUGAGCAGGAAGGGGUGGAUCACACCCACACCUGAGGAUGGAUACUGGGUCGUGUGGCUCAGGGGUGGGGAAUACAAGGCUUGCACCUCCCCCUCAACCCCCCUUUCCGUGAGCGUCAGGCCCAGCCGGGUGGGGAUUUUCCUGGACUAUGAGGCGGGCGAGGUCUCGUUUUACAAUAUGACUGACAGGUCCCAUCUCUUCACUUUCACUGGCACCUUCUCCGGGACGCUUCGCCCUUAUUUCUAUCCUGGUUACAAUCUUGGGAGUAAAAACGCAGCUCCCCUGAUAAUCAGCCCAGUCCCAGCUCAGGCCGGAGGGAGUCUCUGUCCAUUACGGUGACACCCGUGGCACAGACUGGCCCCUCCCAGCCCUGCUGCUCUUCCCGCCCCCAGUGGGGGGCAGUUACUGCUGGCAACUGGACUUUUUGUGCUGACCAGACGCUGCCAAUUUCCCUUUUCAACUGGAGGUUCCAGUCAAAAACCAGACACCUGGCAACCCCUAGCCCUCACCUUUCCCCAUCCCCUACCCCAGGGGUAG